AUGCGUCUGAACAACGCUGCUCUCGGGAAAAUCUACAUCUCCGGGCACAACUUUGGCACAUUUUGCACCCGGGACGGCAUUCCUCAGUUCACGGCUCAGGGCCAAGAAUGGAUCUUCUCCAGGACGGGGCAGUGGCUUUCCUUUCAGAGGCUCUAUGCUGCCGAGAACCCACCUGCUCCCUGCUUCUCCAAGCUCUCUCUGGACCAGGCCUCUCAUGGCCAGAGGAUGCGCUUGCCUGAAGAAUGGAUUGUAUACUCUCUCCUAAAAGCUUUCCUGGCCUCCGACUUCCGGCUCGUGUUUCCGAUGCUGGACGGUGUUCUGUUUGAGGAUACCAUCCGGCUGGCUUAUACGCAAGACACCGUCCAGACCCUCGAGAAACGCAGUGCCAACGCCUGCGUCUUUGCCUUUCUUUCCAUGGUCGGCCCUCGGCGCUUGGGAUGCGAAGCCGCUCGGCUCGUCAAUGGUGAUGCCUGCGCGGCUGAAGCACAGGUCUUGCUGUCCGACUUUCUCGAGGAAUCGAGCAUCACGAUGCUGCAGACUGUACUCAUGCUGCUCGCGUACGAGACUUUCUCUGGCCGCCUGCAAGCUGCGUCAAUGUACCAUGCAGUUGCCUGCCGGUGCGUGUUCGUCCUGGGAGGGCAUAUGCUCAUACCCUCUGCGCCUCACCACGGCGAGCUGGGCGUGCAGGACCGCGAAGAUCGACAGCUUCGCAUAUUGUUCUGGGUAUGCUACGUCUUCGACAAAGACAUAGCCCUUCGCACGGGUCAACCGCCCAUCAUCAGCGACGAAUUUUGCGACCUGACCUUUCCCGAAUGCACGUCUUCAAACAACGGAUUCAGAGCUCCAUGGUUUCCCAACGACCUGCGACUGAGCCUGCUCAAGUCCAGGGUGUGUCGAUUGCUGUACUCGGCCCCUUCUUUGCGGCAGUCGGACGCCGAGCUCCUGCGCACCAUCCGCGAGCUAGACGAAGAGCUCGAGAGCUGGCGUCUGUCCAUUCCGGCCGACUUCUCGCCCACCCUGUCUGUAUCCGAGAAGCACGCGAGGCUGGUCGCGGACCUGGACAUAUCCAGGAGCAUGCUGCACAUUGAACUGAACCUGAAUUAUCAAUACCUCAUGAACGCCAUCCACGCUGCCAGUGGCAGCCGGUCGACGCUCAUAUAUCUCAGCGCGGCGGCAAACCGGCUUGUCGGCGAAGCAUUCUGGGUCUUUGUCUUCUACCCCGUGUCAGCCCUUGUGACCAUCUUCUUCAGUAUCCUGAGAAACCCGCUGGAUGAGCAGGCAACCCAGGACGUGGAGCUGCUCGGUUUGGCAUCCAACAUCAUCAAAAGCAUGCCCAUCAGUCAGAUCACAGCUCACGAGAUGGCGUACCUGGGACGCGUGGAUGAGUUUGUUGCGGAACUCGGAAGAUUAGGCAAAUGUGCCAUCGCAAAGUCGCGGAACGAAGCCAAAGAGUACGCAAGGGCAGGUUUCUCAGACAAUUGUGCGGGCUGA